AGGGAGGUUUACAAUUUAAGGGCGGACGGGGUGGGGGAGGGGGUUAAAGAUCUGUAGGUCGGGAGGUCGAAUCCCGGAGAGGAAGGUUGGAAAAGAAAUGAGAGAUACUGCAGCUGUUGUUUUGUGGUGACUCGUGGCGGUGGUACCUGAGAUACACUUGGCGGGUUGGGAAAUAAUGUUUGUGGAGAAGGGGAAAAUUGCAUGUGGGAAAGUGAAGGCGUUGCUGCUGCCUUGGAGUUUACUGUGAGAAGGGCUGGCUAUGGAUUUUUGUUCUUCUCCGAUUUUGUUCGAAUCUUUCUUUGCUGUUAUGGCUUCUCGCGGGUUUGCGGUUGUUUUGAGGCUUCAGAAUUGAAAGGAUUUCUGUAACGUUUUUAAUCUGUGCAUACAAGGCGUUAAGAAACAUAUCUGAGUAGAGAUCUUUGCAUUCUGCCGAUCUGCCGUCAGCAAAUUUGAUUUUGUGGCGUUUCAUAGGGGCGAGUUUUUUUAUGUGACGCUGCAGUUGCUGAUUCAGAUCUCGUACGUUUUCCAGGCAUUUUACUCUGAAGAACGGAUUGUAAUUGCAUAUUGAAUUAGAGUUGUUGAGUAGUUUAGAGAUACGUCAGAGCUUUGGAUUGUUAUCAUACGAUGGGAUCUCAGACUGAAUCACGUAUGAUGGUGUCUCAUAACUCAAUCCCACCUUGUUCCCUUCCUGGUGGAGGGAAGAUGGGAGGGUAUCCAUUGGCUAGACAGACGUCCAUAUAUACCUUGACCUUGGAUGAGUUUCAGAACACUCUUGGGGAGCCAGGGAAGAAUUUUGGGUCGAUGAAUAUGGAUGAGUUUCUUAAGAACAUCUGGACUGCAGAGGAAAGCCAGGCAAUGGCUGCGGCCAUGGGGGCAGCAGCGGAGGGGGGAAAUGGGGGUAGUCUUCCUAGGCAAGCUAGUUUGCAGAGACAGGGCUCUUUGACUCUGCCCAGAACUUUGAGUAGGAAAACAGUGGAUGAUGUUUGGAGGGAAAUUCACAAGGAGAACACAGAAGGGAAUGGCAGUGGGCCGCCAGCGCAGCCAAGGCAAGUUACGUUUGGAGAGAUGACUUUGGAGGAUUUCUUGGUCAAGGCAGGGGUUGUAAGAGAAGAGGCAGAGCAUGGAUGUGGUCAGCAGCCGUUUGGGUCCUUUCGAAAUGGGUUGGAUGGGGAGUAUGGGGCAAAUUUAGCAGAAAGGAAUGGUGGAGAUAGAAUGGGCAUCGGUAAUUCUCUUGGGCUUGGGUUUCAUGAGAGAGGGUCUAGGAAUGGAGAAGUGGGUAAUAAUAAAGGAGGGGCAGGAGGCAUACCAGGACUUUCUCUGUCUCCAACAAAUGUUCUUUCUACUCAUACUCCAAUGGAAGGAAUGAAUCUUGAUGCCUUCAAGCAUCAGCAGCAUCCUGAUUGGCUUAAUAAUCAUUACAGGAAUGCAACUGCAGCUGUUCUUGCUCAGCAGCAGCAACAACAGCAGCAUCAACUUCUACACCAUCAAGCUGCUGCAGAGGCUGUUUAUAGUGCAAAAAGAGCCGGUGGAAAUACACAAUUAAUGGCUCAAGGGGGUCUUGGAGGAGGAGUUGGACUAGGAGGUGGAAUGGGGAAUGGUGCUCUGUCAGCAGGAUUGGGAGCAGUUGGGGGUCUUGGGGGUGGAUUGGGUGGUGGUUUUGGACCUCAAUCACUUGCACUGGCAGCUGGAUCACCCGCAAGUCCUCUUUCAUCAGAUGGUGUUGGCCCAAGCCAUGUGGAUAACAGUACAAUAUCACCCAUGCCAUAUGGAGGAUUGGAUAUGGGGUUUAGAGGACGGAAAAGAGGCUUGGAAGGGCCAGUUGAGAAAGUUGUUGAAAGACGACAAAGGCGGAUGAUAAAAAAUAGAGAGUCAGCUGCUAGAUCUCGAGCUCGUAAACAGGCUUAUACUGUAGAGUUAGAAGCUGAAGUAACUCAACUCAAAGAAGAGAACAUGAAAUUGAGAAAGCGACAGGAGGAAAUGGAAGAACGGCGUAAAAAGCAGAUUCUUGAGAUGAUGGCUCCCAUGGCACAACCGGGAACCAGAAAAAGAGUUCUGAGGAGAAUAGAGUCUGGACCAUGGUAGAGGUUGAUAUCUGAUACGGAAUAGUUUAAUUCAAAGUCAGGAUGGUCAUCCACCUUUUAGUCUGGGUGCAUUAAAUUUAAAGGUAGAUGGUCCCAAAACUGACGAAAGAGGUAACUGCUGAAUGGUUCAUGCUCGUUUCAGCCCAAAGUAAAAGAUAACUAAUUGUCAAGUGUGGUCAUGAGGGUGACAUUUCCUUGGAGAUGGUGUCAUCGGCCACAACGAUUAAAUAUAUUGAGAGAAGCUUCUUCUGUACAUUAGUUGAGCAAAUUCAUCUAACAUUGUUGGUAGCACCAAACAUUAAAAAAGGUAUGUUAUCAUGUAUGUGGUUAGAAAUCCCUCACACCAUAGCUUAGCUUCAAAGAAUUUCUUGUAAUUGAAUUAACCUUGUUCCUAUGAACUUUCUUGUGCACGUUUGCACACGCUCUGGGAUUGGGAUCACUCAAUUGCGAAUUCUACAUAUAUCUCUUUCUUGUGAGUUUGGGUUCCUUAUUAUCUUCUCUUUCCCCCACUCUUCUUUGGAGUCUCGGUGUUCAUUAUGAAUAAGAAUGACUGUAACAGGGGUUUCAAAGUAAAAUAGGCCUUUGCAAUAACAUAGAAAUUGAAGAAAUCACUGCCAUGUACAAAUAUACCGUUUUAAAGGCAAGUUCAUGAUAUUUUACAUUCCUUGUAAAAUGCUUUGGAAAUAGGAUUUACAAAUUUUUCAUUGUAA